GUUUCAACGAUUCUUGAAAAAUAUUAAUUUCUAUUAUAGAAAUAGACUCAAUAAUUAUGUUAAGCAACAUGCAAAUAUAUGAAAAAUAAGAAGUGAUAUGGUGGUAUAUAUAUAUAUAACAAAAUGGUUUCGUGACAUGCGUGAGCAGAUUCCGCACUAGCUCAUCUCUAAUUUGAUUCAGAACGCCUGUACUAGAGAGUAAACAACAACUUCCGAUAUAUAGAAAUUUUUGUUUAUAUUCGAUUCGAUGUCGAUUUAUUUGCAUUGCUUAACAACUAAUGGCGGCUUACCCAUAUUUACACGUAAAAAGGGUGAAUGCGAUAACCUGCCCUUCUCAACGGUGGCUUCUCUGAAUGGAUUUCAUAUGUUCUUCAAAUCGCUCGGCAUACAAUUGCAAACCACGCAUACUGAGGAAUGGACGUACAUAUGGCGUGACUUUCACAAUGCAAUCACGCUGAUUGUGUGUGGCCGUGGUAUGGGUGAACUUCAACUUCAGGCUCUAGCAGAACUCGCAUUCGGAGGAAUUUCGCUCUUUAUUAGUCGUGAUGAGUUAGCCCAUCCCGCACUCAUGGAGCGUCUAAAGAAAGAUGCCAAAAAGUAUGUACCCGUUGUAGACGCUGCCCUGGAAGCAUCUAGUGCUGGCACAACGCUACUAGGCUAUACGGACUGUCUGUUGGCAACGGAAAAUGCGCAACUUUUAAACCGUUUGAAUGAGUUCAGUACCAAUUGUGGUUCUUUGUUUUGUUGUCUUGUUGUGGGCCAGCGCAUUGCUGUAGCCACUGAAGGCUGGUGGGACUUGGAUACACUUGACAGAGAGCUCUUGUUAUUCUUGCUAAACUCUUCAAGUGCGUUGCAACUCGAUGUGCCCGUCUACUUGCCCAGCAAAAGUCCAAAUAUUGCCUUUCGGUUUGUCAGUGUACCGGUUUCGGCGAACAGUGCGCUGUGUGUUCUUUGCGGAGCCGAAUCUGCUUUUCGAGAACUGCAUCUGAAUGCGAUGAAUGCUUAUCGCAAUGAUGCUAGCCUAUUGGCCAAUGUCGAACGUUGCGUUCCACGCAGCCUUCCCGAACAGCUGGAUAUCGAUGCCCAUAUAUUGGCAAUUAUACUAAUUAAUACUGAGACCCGUAAAAGUGUGUUCACCCGAAACUUGCAUCAAUCGUCGAGUGCUAAACGAAUUGUCGUGGGCGACUUGCAGCGUUUAGACAUGCUUAAGAAGUUCUUUGAUCAUACUUUGGAGAAUAUCCACGAAUUGAAGAUGGCCAAAAACGAAAGCAACGCACUAGACAUAUCAAAUGAAAUAGUUAUGUUGGAUCAGUACAGUUGCUCCGACUAUCACAAGUGUUAUGCCCAGGCCGAUGAUCAAAAUAAUAUUAUCUUUCUGCUUUUUGUUGCCGCGGUGCCCACACAUACUAUGAGGUUUUUUGCGAAGCAAGUCUAUGCUAGCUUAUUGCAGGACAAGGCCGUUUGCUGGUGAACCAAAAUGGGGUUUUUAAACUGUAAAACAAGCAUUUUUUAA